UGUUUUAUUUUUCUGUCAUGAGCCUCACAAACCAAUGGUUUCUCUUUCGAUUUAGCAUAAAGUGUGACAGCAUAUCCCAUGACUCCAGAUUCAGACCUUGGCUUGGGUUUGUUUUGGGGGAAGCACUGAGGAAUGAAUAAGGGGAAUUAAAAAUAGCUAGUGCAGAUAUGUAAACAUAACGUCAGUAUAGGCUUAAAAAAGAAAGCAAUACAGAUAUAUAUAUACAUAUAAAUAUAUACAUAUACAUACAUAUAUAUGUAUAACUUUAAACACAAAAUAUAAAGACGACUGCAUGUUUGCAUCUACCACAUCGAUCUAAAUGGGAGAGGAAACAGCUUCUUGUUUGAAUUCUUGAGCAAGUCGAAUUGUGUGCGUAUGGGGCGGUCAGGACAGAGCUGGUGGGAGGGGUAUAAAGACAAACACAGUGUGUGUUCCUUGUUCUCUCAACACACAAUCAGUGUCUGCCCUAAGAAGACAACACAAUGACUGAUCCAAACCAGUCCCUUUUGUUAAUUGAUGACUUUGGCCUUAUUUAUGACGAACUCAACAUAACUUACAAUUACAACUACACCGAGUUUACCAUAGACCUUGCAACGCAGCCAUGUGCCGCUCUGUCCGUCCCAGACCCUGUGGCGAUUGCCGUCACUGUGUUUUACGUCCUCAUCUUUCUGUUGGCCAUUCCUGGAAAUCUGAUCGUGGGGCUGGUGAUUGGCUCAAACAGCCAGUCGCUGCGUCCCUCUGACCUCUACCUCCUCCACCUGGCAGUUGCAGACCUCCUGGUGGCCGUCACCCUGCCAUUCUCAGCCACCUCUGUUUUGCUGGGCUGGGUGUUUGGAGAUGCCAUGUGCAAAAUCGUCACGAUCCUCCAAGAACUAAGCUUCUACUCCAGCAUUCUCUUCCUGACUUGCAUCAGUGUGGACCGUUACAUGGUGAUCGUACGAGCUACGGAGGCCCGGAGGGCUGACCGCCAGCGGGUCAGUUGGGGAGUUUGCGGCGGCGUCUGGGCUGUUGGAGCACUUCUGUCUCUGCCAGGGUUCUUCAGUUCUUCCUUUUCUUCUUCAAACUCCACUCACGUAAUGUGUGCUCAACAAUAUGAUCCCAGCUCUGCCGACGAGUGGCGACUGGCCACCAGAGUUUUUCGGCACGUGUUGGGUUUCAUUAUCCCUUUGGGCAUCAUGCUGUUCUGUUAUGGAACAACUAUCGAGCGCCUCCUUCACAUCCGUGGGGGAUUUCAGCGACAGCGAGCCAUGAGAGUGAUCGUGUGCGUGGUGGUGGCCUUCCUGCUGUGUUGGACUCCGUACCACAUCGCAGUGAUGGCAGACACCUUCUUCAGGGCAAAGAUCGUGCCCUACCAGUGCCCAGCGAGGAUAGCGGUGGAUAAAGCCAUGUUUGCCACCCAAAGUCUGGGCCUGCUUCACAGCUGUGUAAACCCGGUGCUGUAUGCUUUUGUGGGUGAGAAAUUCAGAAGGAAGCUGCUGCAGAUGAUGAGGAAGGUGGGCAUGCUGGAGAGAGCGUCGGUGUCGAGAAGCAGCAGGUCCUCGAUGUCAUCAGAAAUCACGUCCACGUUCAUGUGAGGAUGCCAAAAGACAUUUCAGCAGUUCUGAUAAAUCCAUCUCAUCAGAGUUCUGCUCUAUCAACUGAAGGGCAACUAAGUUAGUUUUGAUGGUUCUCUACACAUGAGUCGUAAACACAACCAGAGUUGUAAGUAUGCUGUUGUACUUUUCUCCCUUGACUUAUUUAACUUUGGUUUCGAUGCAGUCGGUGUACACCACGGAAAUGCUGCUUGCAUGUAUGUUACUAUGACUUGCCGGAUGAGUUUAUAUAUCAGUGGCUGAGCCUAAAGAAUUACUGUAUUUAUGUAUUUGCUUCUUUGUGAACUGUGCUUCUUCUUCUAAAUCUUAAGAUACACGAAGUCAGAUCACAGUGGCUCAAAAAAUGGGGAAUUGUUGCCUGGUUUCUUUUUUAAAAUACCAGAAGUCUGUGUCCCAAAAAUAAACUGCAUUUGCCGGAUACACCAGUUAAUAGCGAUGACACCAAACCAACCAGGACAUGUGAGUCACGUGUGUCAAAAUUAAGUUUCAAGUGUAAAUAUAUUUCACCAAAAAUAUAUAUAUGUCUAUGCAGACCAGGACUCACAUUGAGGCUCUGUUUAAUGUUUAGUGUUAAAUGGUGGAAUGUGUUUCAUAUAUUAUGUACAGUAAUAAAUCCAUAUAAAUGUUUAUAAGAUUUUAGAUUUUAUAAGACUUUGUGUAUAUUUGACUAAAUAUUUUUUUCAUACUUAUUCAUGUAUUGUUUUUUAUCUGUAUUCGAAAUAAUUAAAUAAAAAUCAAAAA